GGUCAUUUUAUAAACAAUAACAUUUCGAUGGACUUCUUAGCCGUACCAAAUAUAAACAAAUUAAUACCAAAAAGACAUAAUACACGCUUUUAAAGUAGAUCAAACUUUUAUUAAAACAUGAGCUGCAACUACGCGGAUGGAUUGUCUGACUACGACAACAAGGGAAUCCUGGGAGCACCAGAGAGUUUCGACAGCGAUGAGGAUGUGGCCGAAAAGUGCCAGGAACUGGUUGAUUUGAUUAAGAAAUCCGGGCACGUUGUGAUCCACACGGGAGCUGGAAUCAGUACGUCCGCAGGGAUUCCGGAUUUCCGCGGACCCAAGGGCGUUUGGACCCUGGAGGAGAAGGGCGAGAAGCCGGACUUCAAUGUCUCCUUCGAUGAAGCCAGACCAACUAAAACCCAUAUGGCUAUCAUAGCUCUAAUUGAAAGUGGCUACGUGCAGUACGUAAUCUCCCAGAAUAUUGAUGGUCUCCACUUGAAAUCCGGACUGGAUCGGAAGUAUAUUUCCGAGUUGCACGGCAACAUUUACAUCGAACAGUGUAAGAAAUGCAGACGACAAUUUGUGAGCCCUACUGCCGUGGAAACAGUGGGUCAAAAAUCCCUUCAACGUGCCUGCAAGUCUUCAAUGGAUAGCAAAGGUCGUAGCUGCAGAUAUGGAAUCCUAUACGACAACGUUCUGGACUGGGAGCAUGAUCUUCCCGAAAACGACCUUGAAAUGGGUUUGAUGCACUCCACCGUCGCUGACCUAAAUAUUGCGCUUGGAACCACUUUGCAGAUCGUUCCCAGUGGUGACCUUCCUUUAAAGAAUCUGAAACGCGGUGGAAAAUUUGUCAUUUGUAAUCUGCAGCCCACAAAACAUGACAAAAAGGCUAACUUAAUCGUAUCCAGCUAUGUGGAUGUGGUUUUGUCCAAGGUGUGUAAGCUAUUGGGUGUUGAGAUACCCGAAUAUUCGGAGGCAGCCGAUCCUACAAAGCAGUCCAAGCCAAUGGAGUGGACCAUACCCACAAGCAAUGUAAAUACCUUUCACAAACAGUAUAACAAGUUUGUAAAAGACUCUAAAAUUGAAUAUAAAGCUAAGAAAACGAAGUACACAUAAGUCAAAAGUUUAAAAUGGUUAAUAUUUAAAUAGCUCGUUAGAAACACAAAGCAUUUAGCACCCAACUAUUUCAUUACUUUGAGGUAUUUUAUAAGUUAAUUUUAAUUAGUUUUUAAUGACUGAUGCUUUAUUGAUUUCUAAAUGUACCAUAUAUAAUUUGUUUAGAUG